GUCAGUUGCAAAUGAUGCAUCCAUGGAGCGUCUGCAUUGUUUGGCAAUAUUCAGCUUCUGGUCAAUCUGUUUCGAUUUAUCAAUAGUUGAAUUUUGUGUGAUAUUCCGUACAAAACGCCGGCAAUAAUCCGUCCGUGUGAUGGAAGCCGCACAGGAGCAACGGGACGACGUCGAGGCACCAAAGCCCCAGCCAGAAGUGCAGCAGAUUCGUUUCUACACUGAAAAUUUCGAACGCCUCUGUCGGCUUUGCUUGACCAACGAGCGUCUGGUCAAUGUAUAUUCGAAUGUCCAGGGCCGGAAUGUGUUUUAUGUGAGGAACUUUGUUAAGGAGGCUUUCCGGUUGCUGGAACAAACGAUCAACAAGAAGGAUCGCCUUCCCAAUUUUAUAUGCGAGAAAUGCGAACGUAAUUUGAACAUAAUCUUCAACUUCAAGAAGAAAUGCGACCAAUCCAGGAGAAUAUUGGAAAAGGUUCGGGACAAAACCAUCGUGCCAAAGGAUCUGCUGAAAGUUGAGGAUAGCCAGGUGUCCGAGGAAAAGCCUAAGGAGAAAGCUUUGUCUGCCAGUCGCAACAAAACGAAGCACAAAAAUGAACCAAACGCAGAAGAAAUACUUAAAAAGCUUCCACAAGACCUGAACAUCGAAAAAGUGAAGGAAAACGUCAGGUAUGCGCUACCGCCAAGUAUCGUCUCUACUGAACUAGAGGAACCAUCGAUGAAGAUAGAACCUGUUGAUAUAAAGCAGGAAGAAACAAACUUAGGAUUACUAUUUCCAGAAACAGAUCUCAAUUUGGUAAUUAAUGAAAUUGAAUCAUUAACCCCUGAAAAACCUCCCGUAGAACAAGAAAAAGCCGAAAGCAAUGACGAAGAUGGGGCCGAUCAGUAUCUUCAAGAUGGAGAUUCGGAUAGUGAUUGGGAACCAGAGGACUCUCUCCAACUCGGCGCUAUUGUAAAGAAGGAAUUGUCUAGCCUACCCAAGAAAAAAACACCCUCCAAGCGGGGACGGAAACCGAAAGGGGAGAGUUCAAGUGACCGCUCGAGAAGGCAGCAGGAAAAAACUAUCUGCUCGGUUUGCGGGUCUUUAGUCAACAACAUCAAGAGCCACAUGGUGAUCCACGAAGACGUUCGACCACAUCAAUGCGAACAGUGUCCGAAGAAUUUCACUUCACGCAAUAAGCUGCAAUCGCACAUCAACAGUGUUCACCUGAGGAAGCGUGAUUUCAAAUGUGAAGUUUGCGGAAAGGCGUUUCUCGAGAAGAACAAUCUCAAAGGGCAUCAGCGGAUUCAUAAGGGCGACCGGAAGUACAAGUGCGACCUUUGUCCGAAGUCGUUCCUAUUCGCGGGCACGCUGCGUUGCCAUAAGUUGACCCACACUCAGGAUAAGAGACACGAAUGUCAGAUCUGCGGUAAAUUUUUCCUAAUGCGAACGACGCUCAACAAACAUCUCUACGUGCACAGUAACGAACGGCCGUACAAGUGCGAUGUGUGCGAUAAAGCUUUCCGGACGACUACGCACAGAAUUGUCCACAUGCGAACGCACACCGGCGAGCGACCCCUGCAGUGUCGCAUUUGCGGUCUUGGCUUCGCACAUCAUAAGGCUCGUAGUGUCCACUUGAAGACGAAGCACGCCGAAGAGUUGGUUGCGAUGGACAUGCUCGACGAAAGGGGACAUCUUAAGUUUUAGGUAGAAAGGUAAGUAUUGACAGUUACUUAUAAGCGAAAACGCAUGAAUAUAGAUACUGCGAUAAAA